AUGAUGAAAGGGGAUAUGAUGGCAAAAAGAUCUUCUUUUGGCACCAUUGUGAGGAAGAGGCUUUCCGAUAUUACCAAUUCUCACUCACAAUCUAAAUCCCCACCCAGUGUAGAAAAGACCUUUGUGGAUUCUUCGUAUAAGGAACAGAUUGAUAACCUUGUUAAGGAAAAUACGGCAUUGGUCAAACUUCUUCAAGAUAAGAAUAAAGUGAUUGCACUUAGUACAGCAGAGCUUCAGAGACUGAGAACCAACAUUCAGAGGAUGCAACUGCAGAAUUGGAAUCUUGCUCAAGCAAACAGUCUCAUGAUAGCAGAACUUAAUUUCAGUAAAGAAAAGAUGAAGUCACUACAGCAUGAGAUUUCGUGCAAGGAGGCACUUAUUAAAGCAAAGACUAAUGAGGUCAAGGAGGUAUAUGUCAUUCCUGACGAAGAAACCAGACUUGAUAAAGGCAAGGUCAAGUGUCACCAUUUUACAAGAAGUAAAUCUUUGGGCCACUCAACUGUUUCACAGCAAGUUGUUGCCAAAGAGGCAGCAGCAGAAAACAAAAGGCGUUGCUUGAGAAGGCAGUCUGCCACUCCCAAAAUCCAACAUUCUGAACCCAAUGAAAAUUUGUUGGAGAUCGAGGACAUGGUGUUGCAAACUGAUUUUCCAAUGCCUGUAGAAGAACCAGCACCACCACCUUCAUCACCGAUCAUGACAGAAGCUAAACAGGAGAAAAAUAACGAUGACAACAGAAGUCGGAAUCCUGUACUCAAUUCUAGAUCAUCAGAAAGGACCUCAAUGGGAAGGCCAUCCCGGAAAGCAGCUGAGAAGGUGCAAUCCUACAAAGAAAUCCCCCUGAAUGUGAAAAUGAGGAGGAAAGAUUGA